AUGGACACCUGCAACUUGGAAUUUCUCGAUAUUCAUUCGAAUUUGCGUUAUGUAGAAAAUUAUUUGGAGCGUUCUGAGAUUUGGUGUCUCACCCGUAAAAGUCUGGACGCCGAGAAGAAGACAGCACAUUUUAUCUCAGCUUUUGGGAGGGAAGCUUAUUCGCUGAUUAAAAAUUUGGCAUUCCCAGAGUCACCAAUACAACUGAAGUAUAAAGAACUCAUGGAUCUGUUGCUAAAACACUUCCAGCCGGUCAACUUCGAAGCAAAUGAGCAAGCGAAAUUUCACUGCCUUGCUCGUGAUCCUAAUCAGUCUGCUCGAGACUUUAUUCUUCAGUUGUAG